GGUCGGAGGGCGCGCAUCGAUUAUUCGCCGCCUAGUGUCCGUCGCGCUAGCACGUACGCUUUUUAUAUUUAGAUUUGCCGCCCGAAACGAUCGCGACGCCGGGAGAUGUUAAAUUAUUGCGUGUUAUCGCACCGUAAUAGCCGGUCGGGACGCGCUCGUGUGUGUUAUUAUAUUUGUUGUGUUUAGUGUUUGGUGGUGGUGGACGCAUGAGGCGGCGCGUCGGGGUGGCGGUGGUGAGUUGAACUCGCCGCGGCGUUGAGAUGGGCAACUCGUGCAGCUCCGGGCAGGCCCACAAGGAUAAGGACAACGUGUCUCAGCAGUCCGAGGAAUCUGGAUGGUGUGAACCGUAUACACUACCGUCAGCUGCCAACGAAAGGUCGAACUGCUGCACGCGCAGGUCGCCGUCGUAUCGGGUGACGAAACCGUCGGUGGACGCGUCAGCCGAGCAGCCGCCGCCAGCGGAGCACCAUCUGCUGGAGCCGACGCCCUCGGUCAAGGAGACGCGCCCGCAGCUGAAGGGGCCGCGCCCGGUCGGGUCCAGUGUCUCAGACUCCAUCUCUCUCUCGUCUCCGGUGACAUGCGCGACGCCGAAGGAAGAUGCAGAGGGUCCGCCGAUGCCAGCCAACGUGGCCGCCUUGCCGGAGGAGCAUCGCUGCUGCCUGCUGGGACGGGUGCCGGGCCAGCGGCCGCGCAGGCGCAAGGCGAUGCUCAUAUACGUGUGCGCUGCGGAUUCUCAAGAUUGCUGCGCCGAGAAAGGCGCGCUACAGUGCGGCGCGGCGGCGGUGCUGCGCGUGCGCGCGCGCCGCCGCGGCUGGCGCGUGCACGUCGCCGACCUGCACUGGCGCUCGCCGCUCGAGCAGCAGCGCGACCAUCGCUUCCCCGUGCUGUGUAUCGCUGAGCUUACUCGUCAAUCGGAGCUAGGUGCGGUGGUGCCGGUGCUGUUCCUGAACUCGGACCUGGGCACGCCACUGCUGCCGCAUACGCUCGAGUGCGCUGACUUCCAGGCGGCGCUCGAUGCCGCAGAUGACGAGAAUGACAAAGCAUUGCUGAAUAAAUGGUACAGCCUGGACAGCAGCCGCAGCCCGGCGUGCUACCGGCUGGUGCGCGGCGCGCCUGCGCGCUGGCGGCGCGAGAUGGCGCGCGCGCUGUCCGUGCUCGUGCGCACGCUGCCCAUGGAGGCCUGCGACGCGUACCUCACCACUGUUGUUGAACAGGAAGUGCAGCACACGGUGUUGAUGAGCGUGGAGGCGGCGCGGCGCUGCGUGUGGGUGUGCCGAGCCGGCACUCCCAGCGUCACCAGCGCCGAGCCUGCCGACGCGGCUGACGCGGCGCAUCAUCACGAGCUGCAGCGGCGUCUGGCUAACCUGCAGAAGGAUCUGAAGUUGCACCUGAGCGAGCGCAACAUAAUCCGCGCGAGCGUGCGCGGGCGCGCGGCGGCGGGCGCGGGCGGCGACGAGCAGUACCUCGAGCGGGUCCGCGGCGCGCUCGCCGAGCGGCUCGACGCGCUGCUCGACUCGCUCGUGGCCGACCACGACGCGCCGCCGGGACACAACGGCGUGCCCGCCACGUUGUUGGAUGAGAUAAACGAGCACCUGUCGUUCUGCCAGAAGGCCGCGCAGUGCACCUCCAACAGAGAAGUCACACUUAACGAACUCAAAACGUACAUAACGAGCGACAGCACGGUGCCGCUGGCGCUGAUCGGCGGCGCGGGCUGCGGCAAGGCCACGCUCGUGGCGCGCGCCGUCACCAUCGCGCCCUCCUUCCAGCAGGACCUCGCCGUCAUCGUCAGGUUCGUGGGUCUGACGCCGCAGUCCAGCAGCUCCCACCAGCUGCUCAAGUCGAUAGUAGAUCAGUGCCAUGUAUUGAACACCGGCACGGUGUACAGGGGGAAGAAUGAGGCGGGGUCGCUGGGCGCGGCGCUGCGGCGGUCGCUGGGCGCGCUGGCGCGGCGGCGGCCCGUGCUGCUGGCGGUGCUCGGCGCGGACGCCCUGCGCGCGGCGCGGUGGCUGCCCGAGCGCCUGCCGCCCAACGUCAAGAUGAUCGUCACCGUCACCGAGGAAACGGACGAACCAUCUAGCUCAGCGAUCAUGGCGGUGCUCUCAUCAGAGGAUGGACCCAAGGUCCUCAGAGCCCCUCCCGUAGGCCCUGAGGAGGCUAAGGCAGUGCUGACGGCGUGUGCUGCCACUUACAGCAAGACUGGAGCAGCAUCACCACCAGAGGCUGCUGUGAAGGCCGUGCAAAAGUGCACCUUACCGCUUUAUGCGAAGAUCCUAGCUUGGCAAAUAUCAUUAUCAGCGGAAACCUUCACGGAACAAUCCGAACCUGAAACAGCGCCGGAGCUGGUCAUCUGCGAAGACCUGGAAGGUCAAUUGACACAGAUCCUGAUCACCACUGAAGCAGCUCUGGGCGCGGAGAAGGUCAAGACGUGCCUGGCGUUACUGACGGCUGCAAGGCGAGGUUUAGACGACACGGAGAUCCUAGAUAUCCUAGCUCAUGAUGACCUGUUCAGGAGUGAGGAGACUUAUUUGCCGUGGGCGCCGGCGUCGCUGUUCUGGCCGGUGGUGGCGGCGCUGCUGGCGCCGUGGCUGCGCUGGGACGCGCGCGGCGCGGCGCGCUGGCGGGACGCGGCGCUGGCGGGCGCGGCGCGCGAGCGGUACCUCGCCGACUGCGAGCCCGCUGUACGCCGCACGCUCGUGGACUACUACGAGGGCGUGUGGUACACAGAAAACGAUCCCAAGAUGGCGGGCCGUCUGGUAUCGCAAGAGAACAAGUUUUCUGAUGACUGCUACAACACCAGAAAACUGGACGAGUUACCCUACCAGCACUACCAUUUAUACAAAGAAGAACCCGAGACCUUCGCCUCCCAACCCUACUUCACACAACUAGACUGGGUCCACGACAAACUUGCUGCAACAGAUUGCUGCCACUUCCUCGAAGACCUGGCCUUGGUCCACAUAGAACCUCUACCCGAACACAUAGACAUACUCAAAGAGUUAUUCGAGACCCACUCUUACGCACUCGAUUACGACCAUAGACAAUUCUAUGGUCUUCUACGGUUGACCAUAGAAAAGAGGCAGCGUGAUGGACUGGAAAUUAAGUCAAAAAUAGUCCAGGGUUGGUUGAAGGAUGUCUAUGAUCCGCCUGUUCCAACACUGUAUCCAAUAAACGAGGAUUAUUGGAAGAUAGAAGGAAAGAAAAAGGAUUUGUCUAUGGUCGAUGGCUUUGAUACGAAGACGUUUGAUUUGAUCGUGAGGUUUGAUACUCGAGGGAAAUUCGUCGCAACUGUUUCUACUGAGAGAGAAGAGAUUUGCGUGUGGGAUGUAACUAAAUGCGAGCUGGUGCGGAAGAUAGUGGGAGUGACGCAUCCCAUGAACCUGGUGCCGAUAGAUGAGUACAAGUGCGUCGUGCUGUGCCGCCGGGAGCUCAGGGUCUACGAUUUGAAUCAGGGCACGUUCCUGGUGGCUCUGAAAGGCGUGAUGAACCAGAAGAUGCCGUACUACGGGCUGCACGAUCCCAAACACCUGGUGGCGCUGUCCAGGAACCGGAUGUACGUCAACCUCAUGAACAUAGAGACUGGUGACUGUGUGACUACAUUCAAAGCUGGAGAAGACAGAUUUUUAAACUCUCUUCUCGUGUCCGGUGAUGGAAGAGUGUUGGUGUGCGGUGAUGAGACGCAGAAGCCGUUCCCGCUGCUGGUGUGGUCUUUAACAUCACGGAAGCUCCUGUACGACCUGCGGAUACCACACCACGACUUCAUCACCUCCAAAGCAGCCAUCACUUACGAAGGGUCAUACGUGUGCGUGGUCUCGCGAGAACUCGACGAACCCAGUCCAAACUUCAUUGUAGUAUACGAUCUACAAUCAGGCACGUUGUUCAAGAAGUGGAAGCCGGGUUGCGACACCGUGGCGCUGGCCAUCAGCUCGGUGGACGGCUGCGUGGUCUCAGGACUCGCUGAUACCAGGAUACUGGUUUGGGAUUUAGUUACGGGUAACUGCCGCCUGACGCUGCGCGGCCACGUGUCGGCGCCGUCGCUGCUGCGGCUGGCGCGCGCGGGCGGCGUGCUGCUGUCCGCCGACCUCGCCUGCAGGGACCUGUCCGUGAGGCUCUGGGACCUGCACACCGGUAAACUAAUAUCAGUAUACACCCCUCCCGAACGGAUAACCUCCUGCGAGAUCCUCCUCGGAGGCUCGAUCCUCGCACUAGCGCUCGAGAACUACAACCAGCUUGUGUGCGUGAGGCUGCAUGGGCCGGCUCCAGACGCCGUCGCGGGGGGCAGGGACGCGGAGUACGACGAGGCAGAGUACGGGGACUCCGCGCUCCGGGGACGAACCUUCGACCUCAAGGGGCAGGACUCAUAGCACGGCAGAUGAGUGUCGUUCAAAGAUUAAGUAUAGAGAUGCGCCAAUGUUUGCUGAUUGUAAACAGUAUGAUAUAAAUUUGAAAAUAUGUGGGUGAGCCAAAAGUUUAACGAAAGUUAUUGAUAUUAACAAAAAAUAUAAAAUAUAAAGGAAUUUCUGAGAUUUGAAUCACGUGUUUUUUUGGCGGGUAAAUUACUGUUAUAUAAGUGUUACCAAUGUCGUACGCCGUAGCGUUGUAUUUGGUUCUGGUUAAAAUUGGAAUACAUUGCAUUAGUUAAAAAAUUGUACCUAAUGAAAUUGAUAUAACAAUAUUCACGGUCCCAACUUAAACCUAAUCAGAAACAAGUCCGUUUCCUUACUUAAUUUCUUAUUACACCUAAUUUGAUCAUUCUAGAUAUCGAUCGUUGUAAGGUCUGCCUUGACAUCAAUAUCUACAUAGGAUAAUGGAUAAGGUGGAUAAAUAUAUACUUGUCCAUUAUUAUAUAUUAAAAUAUAUUAAGGACCUUACUGAUAAUCAUUAAACAGUGUUUAACCUAGUCAAGUUUGUUGUUCAAUGUAAAUUGGAAAACAAUGACUAGUUAAAUACUGAUUAACUUUUAAUAAUAAGAAUAUUGUAAUGUACUUAACCCAUUAUUUAUUUAAAAUUAAAAAACAAACAUUGGCGCAACUUGUUACUUCGAAAACUACAAAUUAAGCAAUUUGACAGUGGCUUAAUACCGCCCGUUGAAAAGCGAAGAAAAAAGGAUUAAUGAAAAAAAGGAAACAUGAAAAAAAACAUUAAUGUUUUUUGAUCUAUUACGCUUAUUAAUUACAUUAUUAAUGAUAAACAAAUUGUAUUUAGUGAAUUCUCUACCCUUAAUGUUGAUGUUAGAACUAACUUUGUGGUGAAAAUAGAUGUAAGGGUUGAUAAAGUUUGAAUCUUCUCAUUUCCUAUCACAUAUUUCAUCUUUUUCACGCUGGACACUAGCGCCCAAGGUGGUCAUCGAACGAAACUAUUUUGAAUUUAGAACUUUCUUGUAGAUUCGAAAUAAUUUGCUGGAAUCACUAAUGCUCGGUGCGGGUCUAGGAUCUAAAGGAUAUUGAAUUUGGAAUUGCAAUUUAGAACCAAAAAGACACUAUUUCCGACAACAUUUUGUAUACAAAACGUUCCAAUUCACAUAAUCAUUUCAAUCGAACAAUUUAAUUCUCUGGGGGGUCAGGUCCCCCAGGAUUUUUUCCUAGAACCGCGCCUGUUUUAAAUAUCAAGCUUCGAUCAUAAUAUCAACAUAACAGUUUCACUUAAUUUUACUAUAAUUCAUCAUUUUUAUAAGCUUUCGAGCUAAAAUAAUUUCCAAAUAACCACAGCAGCUGACACACGAGACAAGUAACUAGCGCGAGUUACUGUACACCAUUAGCUUCGCACAAAACGUUGCAUUACACAUUAUAUUUUCUAUCAUUUAUAAUGGCACGUCAAUAAAUAAAAGACAAAUAUAAAGAAAUUUUAUUUGUAAUGAAAUGGUGUAGAUUUUUUUUUCUUUAAACUUCAAUAUAAUUUAAAUAAUCUAAUUCGUUUGCGACACCACAGCGUACAUAUAACGUAGGUUAGUUAACACAAUAGAUACCUGAGCACAAACAUUAAUAUCAAACGCCAUUCAAAAGCUACGAAAGCUUUCGACCAAAGCAAUCUAAUGUAAUCUAGCUGUAAUCUUAUCUUGUUCUGAGGUAAAUAGUCGUUAUUCUAACAGAUCUAAUAUAUAUAGUACCCGAGCCUGAAAUUAGAAUUUCUGAUAACUUUUUCCAUCGUUUUUAGAAACCCUUAGAACAUUUUAGACCUGUUUUAUAUUGGCGUAUUAAGUAUAACAUGCCAAAGCUUAGUUUUGAUGUUCAAACAUUUAACAUUAAUAUUUUAAUGAUUAAAUAUUUGAAAACAAUUGACAUAGAAAACUAUCUGUUCUCAAAUUGAACGAAUGUAAUAAAAUAGUGGAUCCAAUAUAUUUCAAAACCAUGACAGUAAGAUUCUUUUAAUCUAAUACGCAUAACUUUGCGUACAACAAUGUUUGAAACAGUAUCUAUUAUUAACUCCAUUGACACAAAAUAUAGAAUUGUGGCACCUCCGCAACGUGUACAAAUAAGCGUGUGACGUGUCACACUGUGUCAUAUUUUGUCAAACAUAAAUAUUUUAACCAAUGUCAUUAUAUGUCAUCGACGUUUUAUUUUUUGAGAAAUUUUGGCAUUUCCGCUGUCUACAAAUAAGCCUUGGACGUGUCAGACUGUGUCAUAUUAUGUCAAACAUAAAUCUUUUAACCAACUUCAAAAAGAGGUUACAUGUCAUUUUUUUAAAUAUAACAACGACUAUUUAUCUCAAUCUAUUCUUAUAAUAAGGGUGAACUGAAUUAUAACGUCUUCUUUAUAUUGUUUUUGUGUAACUUUUGCUUCCAUUGUUUAACUUGUUUUUAAGCUUUGUCGUUGAUGUGCAAGUGUGAAGAGUAUUUGCCUGGUGCAAAAUCACGUUCCGCGAAUGUCGUGGUGUGGAGACGCUUUUAUUUAAAUGUAACUCUAUAUCUGUGUUUUAUUAAUACUGAAAUAUGAUUUUAUUUAUGUCAGUCCGAUGUCGUGUAACUCAAAUACCUAAUUUAAGUCAAUACUUAAAUUAUUAUGUACUAUUGUAUUUUAAUGUUGCUUACCAUUGAGAUCUGCACAAAAAAGACAACUGUUUCCUAUUUCAGAGGUAAGAAACAUAGAAAUUAUACCCAUAUUUAUAGCUGACCAGCGAAAUAAAAAACUUCGCCAUAUUGUAAUGAAAAAUUACUACUUUCUUGUGAUUUUAAAAUCAUUUAGUACACACAUACAUAAGACUAGGCAGUAUAGCCUGUCCUCUAAGGACGAAUUAAAAUAAAAAUUUAGUACACGUGAUUUUAAAUAACACGUUAUAUUAACUUUGAGAGUAUGUUUGAAAUCAGGAAAACUGGACGAAACUUCAAAUUUUUAAAACCGUUUUACUGUUUCAAGGAAAUUCGACAAAUGCCCAAUAUUAUCACUAGUACUAACAUUUUAUAGCAAAAGUUUGGAUAUAUAAAUGUUGUUUGAAUGAUUCCUUCCUAACCGAAUUUCGUCUACGGCGAUCAAUCACAACGGAGGUCGGCCAAGUUCGCAAGAGAUAUUAUAGUGCACAAGUGUGUGCGCAAUACACAAGCACUCUCUGUUCCUUCACUCU